UACCCCCUUCCCAUGGUUGAGAUAUCCGCUGUCGUGGAGCUGAAUGUUGGAGGGCAGUUCUACACCACCACCAUGAGCACCCUGAGAAAAUUCCCGGGCUCAAAGCUGGCGGAGAUGUUUUCCAGCUCAGCCAAGGUGUACUUAGAUGCGGAAGGGCGCUUCUUCAUCGAUCGUCCCGGCACCUACUUCAGUCCCAUCCUAGACUACCUGCGCACGGGGCACAUGCCCACGGAAAACAUCCUGGAGGUGUACCACGAGGCUCAGUUCUAUGAGAUCCAGCCUCUGGUCAAGCUCCUGGAGGACACGCCGCAGAUCUUCGGGGAGCAGGUGGCUCGGAAGCAGUUCUUGCUGCGAGUGCCGGGCUAUGGGGAGAACCUGGAGGUGCUGCUGCGCCUGGCGCGCGCCGAGGCCGUGGGCAUGCGCACCUCGCGCGUGGUGGUGUGCGUGGUUCGCACGGACGAGGAGGCGGCCCAAUGUGGGGACGCCCUGAAUAACUUAGAGGCCAAAAAGGUACCGGUUGUUAGGUUUGGGCCCUGGAAUGUGGGCCCCGACAUUGAAGACCUCCUGUACUGUGUGGAGAAGGACAUUAAGGCUCAGGGGUACCAGGUACAUAGCCAAAAGUACUUCCUAGAGAAAGCAUCCUGGACCAAGCUCCAGGGAUGUUUCCGUAUGUUCACUUUCACCUGGUGGUGA